AUGGAAACAUUUGCCUCUCUUGCUUUUAGGAAACAAACCACAACUUCUCUUGGGUUUUACUUCGAUUUCUCGGCAACUUAUGUUGGAGUUGGAAUGAUUUGUCCUCACAUCAUAAACGUAUCCCUACUAAUUGGAGGAAUUCUUUCUUGGGGUAUCAUGUGGCCUCUUAUAGCAACUAAAAAGGGUGAUUGGUACGGUACAGAACUCAAGUCAGACAGCUUCCAGGGCCUUCAAGGUUACAAGGUCUUCAUCGCCAUUGCCAUGAUCCUAGGUGAUGGCUUAUACAACUUCUUCAAGGUGUUAACCCAAACUCUGACAGGCUUGCUCACCAAAUUUCAAGCCAGGAAUGGAAACAACUCUCUCACAGUGACCAACAAGCCCCCUCCGCUGAAAUGGUACCACAUUAUAGUAAUCUACAUCUCUGCACCCACCUUGGCCUUCUUUAAUGCAUUUGGGUGCGGGCUAACGGAUUGGUCCCUUGCCUCCACCUACGGAAAGCUCGCCAUCUUCACGAUUGGAGCGUGGGCCGGUGCCUCACAUGGUGUAGUCCUCGCAGGUUUAGCUGCCUGUGGAGUCAUGAUGAACAUUGUUUCCACAGCAUCAGAUCUUAUGCAGGAUUUCAAAACUGGAUACUUGACAUUGGCUUCGCCACGGUCCAUGUUUAAGGCCUUCCCAGACCUCGGCCUUCCUGACAGUCAAUAUCCGGCCCCCUUCACUCUCGUGUACCACAACAUGGCGAAAUUGGGCGUCAAUGGCUUCUCAGCUUUACCAAAAAACUGCCUAAUGCUCUGCCUCGUGUUCUUCGGGGCAGCCAUUGUUGUCAACUUGAUUAGAGACUCACUCGGUAAGAAUAGAGCAUGGUUCAUACCGCUUCCAAUGGCAAUGUCGAUACCAUUUUAUUUGGGUCCCUACUUCGCCAUUGAUAUGUGUGUUGGAAGCUUGAUACUGUACAUCUGGGGGAGGAUAGACAAGGCAAAAGCAGAUGUUUUUGGUCCUGCUGUGGCUGCAGGUUUAAUUUGUGGAGAUGGUAUAUGGACUUUGCCUAGUUCAAUACUUGCUCUGGCUGGUGUGAAGCCUCCUAUUUGCAUGAAGUUUUUGUCCAGCACAAACAACAGCAGGGUUGAUAAGUUUUUAGGGUCCUAA